AUGCAAUCCAUCUUCACCUCCUUUGUGUACUUUAUAUGCUUCUUUACCGCCAUGGUUGAAGGUCUUACGCGGUACCACACCACGCCCCCGAGCGACGCCAUUAUCGUCCACGACAGACAAUCUCUCAAUGAUUUAGUCAAGGUCAAUCCGGAAACAAUUCUCCACGCCGAGAAUGGAGGGUACUACCUCAAGAAUAUGGACGAAAAGGUCGUUGCGAUAGCUGCAGACGACCUAUGCACGGAGCUGGACGCUGCUUUUGCCAGCAUUGAUGCCAAUAUUUUCGGUGAUGAGUCUGAAUCCAAAAAUGAAGCAUAUGAAUAUCUUGGUGGGGCAGACGUUACGAAGAGAAACGAGGAUCUCGCUUAUCACCCCAGCUGGCAUGACUACUGCAGCCACCCACGUUGCUUCCACUCUGCCACCUGUCUGAGUUACACAAGUUGCCAAGUAUGCUCCACGAGCAGCCGGAAAGUUUGUAUCUAG